CCUCAAACAAACUUCUUCUCCCACUUUUUAAUCUUUAUCUCCAUUUUCACACCUCCAAAAAUCUUGAAUAAUAAGAUUCCAUACAUUUUAUUCUUUUUAUUACUUGUAAUAAUUAAUUGCAUGAGAGGAAUGGAUUUGCUCUGCUCCUCCCAAUCCGCCACCGCCAUCUGCUCCUCAAUGGCAGAAAUUACCCACGCCGCCUCCUCCUCCUCCGCCCCCGUCGUUCAUCUCGGCCGUGGAGACGGCGGCCGGGCCAUCGACCGGUUCAACCCCAUCAUCACCGAUUCCCGCCGCCGAACUCAACCGGCCCGGAACCCGGCCGGCCCGGCCCAGCAGAGUGAUACCAAACCGACGAAAAAGAAUGAUAAUAAGGAAAAUAAGAAGAAGAAGAAGAAGAAGAGCGAUUCUACGAAGCCGCCGGCGACUCGCGGCGGCGGCGGCGGCGGGGGGUGGAGGUGUACGAAGCCGGGGGAUUUCGUGACGCCGCAGAGCUCGUCCAGUUCCAGCAGGUACCUGUUGAACGAUGAAAAGGAUGGUUUCUUGGAUGCGGUUCCGGGUUUCGACCCGAUUAUGAAUCUGGAGGAUCCGAAUUGUAAUGGUAUGGUCCACCAAGCUGCAGAGGAGGUUUCGUCUUCGUCUUCUUCUCAUCCCCAGUCUGGUCCCACCGAUAAUAAGGUGGUUGUUGUUCUUAGAGUUUCACUUCAUUGCAGAGGGUGUGAGAAGAAGAUGAGGAAACACAUCUCAAGAAUGCAAGGAGUGUCAUCUUUCAACAUAGACUUUGUAGCCAAGAAGGUGACGGUGGUGGGAGAUGUAACGCCGUUAGGAGUUCUGGCCAGCAUUUCUAAAGUCAAGACUGCCCAGCUCUGGUCACCUCCUCCUCCCUGUGCGGCGGCGCGUAGAGUUUGAUUGUUUAGGCAGGCCUAUAGCCUAUUCAGGUUUAUUUACUACGGAGUAUAUUAGUAGCUGCAUUUCACUUGCUCUUUCCAUUCUUUUUUAUACUGAUUAUAAUAAUCUUUAUAUACAUUAAAAAAUGAAUGAAUAUAGAUAUAAAAUGUCUAUAUACUUUCGUUCGUUUUUUAAUGUUUCAAAAAAAUUAUAAUUCUCAGUUAAAAAAGAAUGAAUAUGGAGUGUAUUAGGUAUAGAAGAAGGUAGAUUAUUAGUAGGAUUAUAUGUAAUAUUG